AUGAAGUUAUGGGCAUGGGGAGCGAACUCUCAUGGCCAACUAGGUCUGGAGCUAAGUGAACAAGUUGAGACACCAACCGAAGUUCCACUUCCACAAUUCUGUCACACAAUUAAACAAAUUUCUUGUGGUGGUGGUCACUCUCUUCUCUUAGAUGAUGAAGGAAAUGGAAAACAUGGCCAAUUGGGUCUAGGGAAAGAAAUAUUAUUUUUAGAUAGAUUCCAAAAAGUUCAAAAUAUUGAUGAGCCCUUUCUUGGAAAAAUAAUUCAGAUUAAGCUUCCAGGCGGUAUCAAAAUAAAAGAUAUUACAUUGGGUUCAGAGCAUACCAUAUGUUUAGCUGAGGACAACACUUUAUGGGCAUGGGGGUGGAAUGAGCAUGCUAAUACAGGAAUAUCUAUGGAACCAGUGAUUUCAACACCUACUAUGAUACCCUUUGAUUACCAUCCAGAUAACAUAAUAAAUCAAAUUUAUUCUGGUGGUGCUCAUAAUUUCAUAGUCACUAAAAAUUGUAAAGAUUCAAAUGAUAACCAA